UCCACUCACUCCAAGAUGCUUCUUUCUGUGGGUGUUAAAUACCAUAUUCCACUCUGUUACAACUCAUUUGGCCUUUUUUUUUUAAUGUACUGUUGCUCGUAAAAAAUUUCAUAUUUUACACAAAUGAAUUGUGUGGAUUUGGAGAUCUAUAUAUAAAGGCAAGUUGGGAUGGUAGUGCAACAGUACUUAUUUGGCACAUUGGUCAUAUUUUUCUUUGGGAAAAAGCAAAUCAUAAUAUGGGUGGGUUAGAUGAUUACAUGCCAGCACUGGCUAUGUUUGGAUUGCAAGUCGGUUAUGCAUUGCUUACUCUCUCAACCACGGCUGCUCUCUUGCAAGGAAUGAGCCCUAGGAUUUUUGUUGUCUACAGGCAAGCCAUUGCUACUUUGGCCAUUGCUCCUCUAGCUUAUUUCACAAGGAGAAAAACUAGUAGGUCAUGUUUGGGGUUGAAGAGCUUUUCCUUGAUAUUUUUGGCUUCUCUUGUUGGUGUUACAAUCAACCAGAACAUCUACUUUGAGGGAUUGUACAUGGCUUCAUCUUCAAUGGGAAGUGCAAUGGGAAAUCUAGUCCCCGCCAUAACUUUUGUAAUAGCAUCUUUUAUCGGGAUAUGGCUGGUGCCUGAAACAAUGGUUAUUGCAAGGACAACUGUUGUCAAAGCUGAAAGAAGAUACUUAGUUUCUGAGGCUUAUAAUCCCAAACUUAAGCUUGUAAGCAAUGAAGUUUUAAAGGCUCAUCAUCCCAAACGAACACAAGAUGAAUCAGCAGCAGUAAAAACAAGGAAUAUAUUUCUACCGAGGGCCUCUCCGAAGUCAAUAAACCAAAAGGUUGCAAAGUCUAACAAAAAAUAUUUCAUGGUUAUGGGAAUUAAUACAGCUUUUAGUAGCCAAAAGCGAAGAGAUUCCCUGCGGGAGACGUGGAUGCCCCAAGGUGAGAAAAGAAGGAAGCCAGAGGAAGAGAAGGGCAUUGUCAUAAGCUUUGUUAUUGGUCACAGGUACGAAUUAGUAUAUGCUUUUCAGAGCUGAUAUUAGCUAAUUGCAUACGUAUGUGGUUUUUAGUUGUGGU